GACGUUUAUAGACCCUAGAGUGGUGUUACUCGCAAAUAUGACGAUGCGCCGCAAACAAUUAAAACCAGCAUCCACCUCCCCUUUUUCAUACUCUUCCUCCUCGUCAUCGUCCUUCUAUCCGUCUUCCCUCAGCAGCAGCUCAUAUUCUGACAGUCUUUCCUCUGGAUCGCACUCUCGUUUCUCCCCCUCCCGCCCGCGGGACCAUCUCGAGCAUCUGAUCCUCAAGCACGGCUACCCCACUCCCGUCUCCUUGUCCUCCCUGCGGGAUUUGACGGCCACCUCCUCCACAUAUAACCCGCCCACCCCUCCUCACCCACGACGCUCUCGUCGAUCGGACUCAAUUCCCAUCGACGCCUUUGAGUCUCUGACCCUCUCUGCCUCGUCAACCCGGCCCAUUCCAAUCCCUCGCCGCCGCCACGGCCUAGAGUUCGACGAUCAUCUACCUGUGACGCCGCUGACGGGCCGCUUUGAUCACGACGAUUACCUUGAAGACUGGGAGCGUGCCUCGCUCUCCGCCAAAUCCAGACACCUACGUUCGCCGCCUCGGGCAUCCCGUCCGAGCCGAUAUUACAACAAUCCUCCUCCUCCUCCUCCUUCCAGCAUGCGUGCCGACCAUUCCCCCUUCUACUCCCCGGUUGCUUCACCCACCAUGUCGCCCCGCCGCCCGAGUUCUCCACAACCCUCGCGCUCGCGCACCCAAAACCCAUCCAAGUCCAUGCCAGGCUUCCAUCUCGGCAGCCUCCCUCGCUUUCACCCAGCGGUCUACCAGUCCAGCACGGGCGGCCACUCGGUGACCGGUCAGCCGCCAUCGCCCCGGCAGUCCCGGCAACAAAAUUACCGCACGACAUCGGGGUCACGCGACAUUAAAUGGCAGUACCGGGACUUGCUGGAUGGCGCAACGCAAAGUCCGUCAGCUCCGCGCCUUGAUCCCCUGCGUAGCCCGGGUCCUGUCACCCCGCUGGCGCUCGAGUCCGCUGACUAUCUGGCUGCCGGUAAUGCCGGUAACGCGGCCCAUGCUGCUGGUCAGCAUUCGGGUCCGCCCCCGGACUUGGUGGAGAAGUUGAUUGCGCACGAGAAUGAAAAGGCUCGGCAGAAGAACCGUUUGUCAGCUAAGGGCCGAUGA